GGAAGAAAUAUCUAUGAAAAUUACUUUACUUUUCAAAUUUUUAAGAUGAUAAUCAUUUCUUUCUUCAUUUGAUACAAAAUUUAUUGUCGUUUACUCUAUUGAUUUUAUACACAAUGUUGCGUUGCUAUGGCAACCAUUUCAAGCUAAUGGUGCACAGACUUUUCAAAAAAUUGUCAAACCACCACCACCACCACCAUCACAAAAUAACCAUUAGGAUUAUGUGAAUAUUUAAAACUAUUUGGAUAAAUAUCAAAUAUUAUACUGAUCAACAUGCCAACUGAAACUGAAUGUGAUGCGUCUACGGGUAUUUAUAGAUGCAAUGACAUAACAGCUUUUAAAUUCAGAGUUCAUGUGAGGACUGUUGAAGCAUCCGAUCUGGAACAGAAUUUUGAAGAUGACAAACACGAAGAACAAUUGUUUUCUUGGCAGCAGAGAGUAUUCAGUCCACAAGAGGUCAGCGUCUACAGUGACCUCAACAAUUGCCUGUCACCUCUCCAGAAAAAUUAUCAUAAACAAAUAACAGAAACAGAUCGUAACUCGAGCAACAGUAAAAACAUACUUUUUUCCUAUCUUCUACCUGAUAUAUUGGAUCUGAAACUUGAACGGGAUAUUCUGUUGCACCAGAAAAAGACAGGCCCAUCAUCUAACCAGAAGACAAGCACGAAAAGUAAUGAAACACCUCGAUUGCCAAAAUCCUUUAACUCUUUUGUGGCGAAUGAUAAUUUGAAUGGCCAUUCUUUGGAGAACUCUGAUUCAAGAUAUGGAUUAAUGUACAUAAUGGCUGAUGUAGGGUAUCUUAUUGAAGGAGAAGCAAACGAAAAAAUUAUAAUUGUUUUGAAAUGGGAUAGCUUACUCAAAGUGCUGAGCGUAUUUCCAGAUUUCAAUAGCAGUACAAGUGGUCCUGGCUAUUCAUUGGAAGGGUUUUCAGAUGCGUGCAAUCAGUAUGUUUUUUGGAUUGUUCCUGAAGCUUCUCAUUUCCAACGUGAAAUGUUGCAUGAAAAUAAAAUAUCUGAGCAAUAUGUGUUUUCGCCGGAUGAUGUGCUUCUACCACGGCAUGGAAUGAUUAACGUCCAUGUUUUUGGAGAGAUCAGGGGUGCAAGAUACAUUGAUUUGGAGAACAUAUUUGUGCGUUAUCAUUUGGAGCUGCCCAACGGUUGGAGUUAUCAAUCGCCAGAUGAUUCUUCAGGUAUAACCCAACAAGCUAAGAUGCUGGACGGAUUUGCAAAUUUUAAUCAUUUAUUUGAAAUGACACUUACUUACAGUAAUGCGUCUUCAUCUGAUUACAAUAAAGAUCAGAAUCCAGAGUUUUGCCAGGCGUAUCCAAAACUUUUCUUCGAUGUUGUUGGAUUAGAUUCGUGGGGAAGAGUUGGCAAGGAGGGCUGUAGUUGGGUCUCUGUUCCUCCUAUUUCUGGUCAACAUAACUUUCGCUUGCAAUGCUGGAGACCAAUGCAGAACCUUAGCAUGUCGGCAACUAACUCACUCAAAAGAUAUUUCAUUGGAGGAACGCCUCAUCUAGCCAAUAUGUCUUUCAAUGGUAUACCAGAGAGUUUUCAGGGAGGUAGAUUGAGCAAGUUUGGGGUGAAGGAAAUAGCCACUGGAGAAUUGGACGUCUGCCUGAACAUAAUUCUUCAUUCACAGUCGUCAGAUUAUUUGAGUGAAGAGUUUUCACAAUCGUCAUUUCUGGACCACUUUCCUGCACUUAGUCUCCUUCAAAGUGUCAACAUUGCUCUAAAAGCAUUUUUAUGGGCUAGGAAACGUAUUCAAACUGCUAUAACAAUAGAGUAGUGUUUAUUUUGAAUAAAUAUUCAAUUUUC